GUUCGUUUUUUCCAAAAAUUUAUUUUCCAAGAAAAAUCGAUAAAUCUCAAGUAAACUAAAACAGAUAAAAAAUCUAACCUUACUAAAUAAUUGUCCCGAGUCUUAACAACAUUCUUAAACCAGAAAAAAGUUUGUGGAUACCUCUUUUUUAAAAAAUCUGACCCCAUUUCUGAAGCACUGUCUUCCCCACCACAGUCUCGACCUUGGCGUCUUCAGCCAAGUGCCCGUCCCGUAAAAAUUUUUUUGAAGAAGUGAAAUGAUGUUAAUCUGAUAGAGCAGACUCAGGGCUACAAGGGGGGUGGGGUAACACUUUCCAAGAAAGUUUAUUUGGGGUAUGGCAGGACGUCAAAAAUGAGCGGUGCAAAGGAGCGUUAUUUUAAUGGAAAACCAGAGGUCUAAUAAUCAGUCCCUGGCGACGUUGAAGGUAACAAACGAAAUCUUCCUGGGUGAGUUAGUUAAUAUGCAUGUUAAAGCUUGUAAUAGUACCAAUUUGAAAUACCUCCGUCAUCAAUGGACCGAGCACCAUCCAAAAGAAUACACAACAUACGUUUUUUGGGUGGUUGGUUAGGCGGGAGACCAAAAGAGGGUCUUAAUAAUUUUUCCUCCAAACAAUUUUUGUAUAUUAUUAUCGUAAUUGGCAUAUGUUUAAACUUAGGUAACAAUCCGGUUCCAUGAACAACCCUAUCGAUAGUUAUCCAGGCUUGAAAGGCUAAAAAAAAGUCCCUGUUGUUUGUGUCUCCCAGUCGGUUGGUGCAUUACUCUUUUUGUCCUCCUCGGCUCACAAUCCGUUUUUUUCGACACUUGCUAUAUUGUACUUAUAGAGCAAUGUCCCCGCUACAAUACUGUCAAAAAAAUAUCCGGAUAUCAUUCUAACCGACAAGGAAGGACGUGUUUGUUUACAGUCGGUGGCCUUACCGGACCAAGUUUGCGUUUGGUCCUAUUGUUCCCAGAUCGAAUUUUUUUGAAA